UCUGUCACCGCAAAAUCUCUCAAACGAGGAGAAAAUUACUGAAAAUAGAAAGUGAAACAUAGAAACCCAUUCGUCAUCCGUUUCUUCUCACCUGUGGAUCCUCUUUUCGAAAACCUUAGACCUGGUUUUGGUUCCGAAAACCAGUGCCAGGUCGGGAAAAGGUAGAAGAGGUUUAGUUCUUCCACCACCAGAUACGUUUGUUUCCCAGCUGUUAUUGCAGGAAAUUUCGUUGCAGAUCUUUGCAUUGCAAGCUUCUUUAUCUAUCUCGUCCUUCAAUCGUUCUUUCCAACAUGAACGACCUACUAUCGGACUCCUACGAGAUCCCUCGAGGUCAAGCUUCGAGGGGUGGGGAUAUUGAAUUAGGCACACAAGCUCCAAUGAAUUCAGGAGACCUGGGCUUGGAUAAUUUCUUUAAGCAGAUCCAGACUAUUGAGAAAGAAAUUGACAAGCUUAAUAAGCUAUUGAAAAAGCUCCAGAGUGCAAAUGAAGAGUCGAAGUCCGUGAUGAAGGCCGCUUCCAUGAAAGCAAUCAAACAGCGUAUGGAAAAAGAUUUAGAUGAAGUUGGCAAAAUUGCUCGUCUAGUGAAGUCAAAAAUUGAACAGCUUGACAAAGAUAAUAUGGCCAAUAGGCAGAAACCUGGAUGUGGAAAAGGAACUGGUGUAGACCGGUCCAGAAUGGCAACUACUAUUGCCUUGAAAAAGAAGUUUAAAGACAAGAUGUCUGAAUUUCAGACUCUAAGAGAAAACAUUCAUCAAGAGAAUCGGGAGGUUGUUGAGAGAAGAGUUUUUACAGUAACUGGUAAAAGAGCUGAUGAAGAGACAAUUGACCGGCUAAUAGAGACUGGAGAUAGCGAACAAAUAUUUCAGAAAGCUAUCCAAGAACAAGGCCGUGGCCAGAUAAUGGACACUGUGGCAGAAAUACAAGAACGCCAUGAUGCAGUAAGAGAACUGGAGAGGAAACUUCUUGAGCUGCAGCAGAUUUUCCUAGAUAUGGCAGUGUUGGUGGAAGCACAAGGCGACUUGUUGGACAACAUUGAGACACAGGUUUCAACUGCUGUCGACCACGUGCAAUCAGGAAAUACAGUGCUCCAAAAGGCAAAAAAGCUACAGAGGAAUUCUCGGAAAUGGAUGUGCAUAGCUAUUAUUAUCCUUCUAAUCAUUGUGGCUGUCAUCGUUGUGGGUGUUAUAAAGCCAUGGACCAGUAAGAAUGGCGCUUAGUUCGGCAUGCAUCUGUAAUGUAAUAUAGUUGUUAUUGUUGAUAUCUAUUGGACAUUCAGUGCUUUCUGUCCUAGUUAUUCCCAUAUUUAUUUUCU